GACUGCUAAUAUAUCUUGUUCUGCGAUACCAUAAUGAUGAACUUUCAAACAAUAUUUCAUAACAUUUUUCUCUUUUGUCUCCUGUUGCGCAUUCGGCUGCAACAAGUAAAUUGCUCUUUUCACCACGAUUCUCCUCCAGAUUCAGGUUACCUUCGUUUUACAUACGAAGCCACUGAUUUCUCUCCGGCGAAAGCUUACGAUUACAUCAUUAUCGGUGGAGGGACUGCUGGUUGCCCAUUAGCUGCCACUUUAUCUGAAUCAUAUUCUGUCCUGCUACUUGAGAGGGGCAGUAGUUUGAACAAGAGUGUUUUAUAUGAAAGUAAUUUCUUUCAGACUCUCUUAGCUGCAAACGAUAAUGAUUCACCGGCUCAAACUUUUAUUUCGGAAGAUGGUUUACAGAUCGUAAGGGCGAGGAUUUUGGGGGGUGGUAGCAUGAUAAAUGGAGGAUUUUAUUCGAGAGCCGAUGAUUACUCUUACGAUAACGCAGGUAUCGAAUGGGAUAUGAGAGCUGUUGAAAGAGCCUACGAGUGGGUAGAAAAUAGUAUUGUUACUCAUCCAGCACGUUUAAAUAGGUUUCAAACUUCUUUAUUUAAUGGGUUACUCGAAUCAGGAGUUGUUCCUGAUAGUGGGUUCACCUUUGACCACGUUCAAGGAACCAAGAUUGGUGGUUCAACAUUCAAUGAUUCGGGGAUACGACAUGGGGCGGUUGAGCUUCUGAACAAUGCCAACCCGGAAAAUUUGGAUGUGUUGGUUCAUGCGAUGGUCGACCGGGUGAUCUUCUCCACCUUCAACCCUUUAGGUAAUUAA